AUUAUUGUGGUAAAUGUAAAAUAGUAGUUUAUUGUUGCAGCUAUAUAUAUUUUUAUUCAAAAAAUUGUAAGGGGGAAAAAGCUAAAAUUCAAAAUAAAUGUCUGGCAAGGGUGGUGUUGGCAAGAGUACAUUCUCAGCUCAACUAUCUUUUGCCCUGGAGGCUAUGAAUUUCCAGUUAACUUUGGUGGUCACCUGUUUUUACGUUGAAUCAAACCUUGGGAUCAUAUCAAUUGGAUUGAUGUUGUCCCAUCCUGAUGAGGCUGCCAUAUGGAGGGGUCCCAGAAAGAGUGGAAUCAUCAAGCAAUUCUUGAAGGAUGUUAAUUGGGGGGAGCUUGAUUUUCUGGUAGUUGAUGGGCCGCCUGGGACAUCAGAUGAGCAUAUCCUCGAUCGUUCAGUUCCUCCAAGCAAUUGGAACAGAUGUUGCUAUUAUAGUUACUGUGAAAAAAGUACCGGCUACAGAUUCUUGGAGUUGUCGAGAGCAUGGGUGGUCUAUUACAACCGAAAAAUGCUUUUUGUACAGCAUGUUUUUUGACAACAUUAUUCACACCCACUCACAAAGGUGGGAUUCACGAUUAUUUUUAAUUCUGGACUCCAUCCACUUGCAUGUGUGUGUGCUGUUAAAAAAGAUGUGAAAAUUGAUGUAUGUGUGGAAUGGUUGAUUACAACCAUUGUCAGCUCAAAGCAGGCGCAAA